UCCACAUCCUAGAGCUCCACAUCCUAGAGCUCCACAUCCUAGAGCUCCACCCACUCCAUAGCUCCCUCCACAAUAAAAUACCACCCAACAUGGUCCGCGUCCUCCAGUCCCAAAUCCCGACGCUGCCCCUCCUCUACAAGGCAAACAAGCUUUCGAUAGUCGACCAGUCGCUGGCACUGUACGCCGCCUCGAGCGCCAUCAACGCCAAAAUCGGCAUCAUACGCACCGACAUCACCGGCAUCGAGCUGGAAAAUGGAGCCAUCGUCAAUGCUGCCAACCAGCGACUUCUAGGCGGCAGUGGAGUCGACGGCGCCAUACAUCGGGCUGCUGGCCCGGGGCUGCUAGCUGAAUGCAGAACCCUCAGCGGCGCCAGAACGGGGCAGUCGAAGAUCACAGAUGCAUACAGGCUCCCAUGCAAGAAGGUCAUUCACUCUGUAGGCCCGAUCUACAGUAUGGCGGAGAAGCCUCAUGAGUUGUUGAGAUCCUGCUACCAAACCUCUCUGGACCUGGCCGUCAAAAACGGUCUCAAUGCCAUAGCCUUCUCGGCACUUUCCACCGGUGUCUACGGUUAUCCAUCCUACCCCGCCGCACGGGUAGCUCUGGACACCGUCAGAAAGUUUAUGGAGACAGAUGAUGGAGCCAAGCUAGAUUUGGUCGUUUUCUGUAACUUUGAGAAGAAGGAUGAGAAUGCUUACAACGAACUUGCUUCCCUGCCGACGACUCCAAGGCUACCGAGUCCAAAGCCACGGCCACGGAAGAACCUACGGAAGUCAAAACCAAGGAAGUGCAAACCUCUUCGGAGGGUGCCAAGACUCCCGACUCUGCCGAUGGGGAGUGUCCUCGUCCCCUGGCUGCCCGCCUACGUCCUCUUCGUCGACAACGUCGCCUCCCUCGAAAAGGUCUCGGGCUUGUCAAUGUCGCCCACGUUCUGUCCCGACCCUACGAGAAAGGACUGGAUACUCGCCUCCCACUGGAGAUGUACGGAGGGCCUGAGGCGCGGGAUGGUCGUGCUUUAUCGAUCACCGAUCGACCCCGAGCGACAAGUGAUAAAGCGGAUCGUAGCGCUGGAGGGGGACGUAGUGCGGACGCGGCGCGCGAGGAGCGCGGGAAGCGUGGGGGGCGCCGGAGGUGCCGCCGGGUACCACAAGGACCUAGUAGUCGUGCCGAAGGGCCAGGCGUGGAUGGAGGGCGACGAGAUGUUCCACUCGGUUGAUAGCAACACGUACGGCCCCGUCCCGAUCGCGCUGAUCACCAGUAGGGUCACGCAUAUCGUCUGGCCGCUCGAUAGGGUACUCGGAGCCUUAAAACCCCCCAUACCCCGCCGUCCAGAAUGGACGGCCUGA